AUAAUGUGUAAGCGACCUUAGGAAAAUUGUUUUGUCUUAUGACUUGGCAGUAUGGUCUCUUACUUUAGUCGGUUCUUUAUGGAACGAAUAAAAAACUAAGAAGUAUUUACUAUUUAGUCUUUGGUUUAACUGUUUUGGAAUUUUAAAAAAUAUUUGGUUUUGCUUUCGUAAUAUUUACUUAAAAGACUUUAGAAAUGGAACUGCCACACGCUGAAGAUCUACAGGAACAAAGUGACGACGAAGUCUUUUUUGGAAAAUUGUCUCUCAAAGAACUUAAAAAACAUAUUUUGUGGAACUAUAAGCCUUCCAGUAUGAUACCUGAAAACAUAUGUCAUAUUCCAAUGGACCACAAUAAAAGUUUGGAUAUCAAAAAAGAAAUUGAAUCAAAUGAUAUGAUUGAUGAUUAUGGAGCUAAAAUCCUAGAAUCACACUCUGAGCCUAAUCUAAGGAGUCCUAAAAAUCAACAUAGAACUUCUACAGAGUUUCAAUCACCAUGUGCCAGGACAUCUGAAGAUAGUUUUCUCAAAAUAGAAAAUAUGGUUGAUAAUUUAUGUAUUUCAAAUAAUGUAGACACAAAGGUAGAAUUGAAUAAUACUUUAGAUGUUAUUGACUAUAUUCUAAAUAAUGGACCUGAAUCUAAGACAGAAGACAUUGUAAAAGUUGAGAAAGAAGCAACUGAUACACAAAGCCUUGGAGAAGAAACUGCAAUAAAGCCUUUAAAAACUAUUUUGAGCCCAUCUAAAUUGAGGCACGCAGAAUUUAAGGCAAAUAAAGAAAUCAAGACCAAAUCUGAUUCCCCUCCUUACGUAACUCCAAUAAAAAAUGAAUUCAGAACACCAUCAAAGACUGAAAUUUUGAAAACACCUCGAUCUGCCACUAAGGUAAAGCUUGAUGUCUUUGCCACACCAUCUACAAAUCUAAAAUCCAAAACACCAGUUUUUAAAACUCCUGCACUACUGUCACAAAAGAAACAAUUAGCUACUUCUGUGAAGAAAACUCCAGCUAAACCAAACUCUUAUCAACACAUCAGUAGUCCUGUAGCAUCAUAUAUCAAGAACUGUCCGCAAGUGCCUCUACUGAAAGAUGUGCACCCUAAGAAACCAUUGCCGGGACCUUCUGCUAUUCCUAAAUUCACAAAAGGCAUUAUAGAAAAAAAUAAGGAAAAUAUCUUAUUACCUUCAGUAGCUUACAAGAGCGCAAAAAAAACAAAAGUGAUUGAAAUACCUGAUGAAGAAAAAUUACCACAAAGUCAAUGGGUAAAGAAAAUGACAUCUACUUUGCCUAAGCCAGUUAUUAUGAAACACAACCAUAGACAAAUGGAUAUAGCAAAGAGAUCAUUAAUGCAGGAGGAGAGUUUUGCUGAUCUUCCGUAUCGACAGGCCGAAGUAUCUGUCUGCACCCAAAAAACAGCAUUUAAAUUAAAUAAAAAAUAAUUUCAAAUGUACUUAAAAUAAAUAAUUGUUAAGUCAUAAUGA